AUGGAGAACAUGGUACACGAUACCAAAGAGAAAGUGGAGCAUGUGGACAGAGUAGAUGGCGGUCACCAGGAAGAUGCUAUUCAUAUGGAGAACGCAGUCGGCUACAGGGAGUACCUGGCAGGCCUGGAUAUUGAAGUUUCUGAGAAGGAGGCUCGAGCUGUGCGAUGGAAGAUCGACCUCAUCAUCCUUCCCGCCUUCUUAAUCACACAAGCUCUGCAAUUUAUGGACAAAACCGCCUUGAACUAUGCCAACCUCUUCGAUUAUCAAGAGGCUUUGGGGCUUCAUGGACAACAGUUCAACUACCUGUCUGCUUCUGCCGUUCGAUUCAUCAUGGGCAUAUUUGAGGCUGCUGUUACACCUUCCGCUUUAGGAUGGGGUGGUAUAGCCGGCUCUUACAUCUCAAUGGGUGUUUCCAAGCUCCCGGCGGAUAUGACUCCAGAGAGAUGGGAGCUUAUCUUCUACAUCCUCGGCGGAGUUACUUGCGUUUGGGCUUUUAUCGUCUGGUUUCUACUUCCCGACUCGCCAUCCAACGCAUGGUUUCUCAAGCAGCGCGAGCGCCUUGUUGCUGUCAAGCGCGUCUCGGGCAACGAGACCGGCAUCAAGAACAAAUCAUUCGAUAGGAAGCAAGCAGUGGUGGCAUUCCAAGACCCGAAAGCAAUAUUGUUGUUCAUAUCCGUUUUUGCCGCGGCCAUUCCAAACGGCGUCGUCAAUUCCUUCUCGACAAUAAUCAUCCGCGACAUGGGCUUCGGCACCACGAAGACGACAGAGCUGAAGUCUGUUGGCGACGCUACACAGAUUGUUGCGCUAUUCAUCGGCGGCGCCAUCACCUUGAACGUUCGCAAUUCACGGCUGCUGACGGCUACGGCGGCCAACAUCCUGUGCACCGUGUCUGCCGCGCUGUUGGCAUAUCUUCCCCGCUCCAGUACUUGGGGCAGACUUGUGUGUUUCUGGCUGGUUAAUGCCCAGUCUGUCGGCUUCACGGUUUCCUUGACGACCAUUUCGUCAAACAUGGCAGGGUACACGCACCGCUCCUUGGCAAGUGCACUCGUUUUCACGGCGUAUUGCUGGGGAAACUUUGCAGGUCCUUUCGUCGUCAAAGGGUCUGAGGCUCCGUACUACGAAGGAGCGAGCAUUGGGUUGUUGGUUGGAUACAGUAUAAAAUUGGGCUGUCAUCUUCUGCUCCUUGCGUACAUGUUCCUGGAAAAUCGGCGGCGUAAUAGGAUCCAUGGCCCUCAAAACAAAGAAGAAAGUGACAAGGCUGGAAUGCUGGAUCAGACCGAGUUUGAGAACAAGAACUUUCGUUACGUAUUGUAG